GCGAGGUUAGCUAAAAAUAAAAACCACUUAUUAAUUAGUAUUAAAUAGUUAAAAACUCAAGAGCUCAGUGCAAUUUGCUAUGAUAAAUAAUGAUAAAAUGUUUAAUAAACAAAUAACAAUAGAAUAAAUAUUUUACAUCACAUUAAGUAAAAAAUAUUUUAUUUUGUAAUAAUCUUCCUUCGGAAAGUUAUUCGAUUUCUUAUUCGAAAAUGUUAAGUCAUAAAAGCAAAAUGAACUACGAAAGUCCGUGCGACUCUGAUAACGAUUGGACCGAAUCCUCAGAUGAUUCAAAGUGUUCUGACCGAGAGAGCUCAGUACCUGAAUGGGAUUCGGACAUCGGCGAAGAUGGUGAAUUAAUUUACCUAUUAUUGAAAAACACUAAUGAGGUAACUGAUAGGAGCGGUGCACUCCUAGAGAACUAUGAACCUUUUAAAUUUCGUACUGACUUCAAAAGAUCAUCAACUCGUAGAUCUACCAGAGGUCGAAUUUUCAAGGUACUUAAAUCUAAGAAGAGCAGAGGCAAAGAUAUAAGUGCCACUAAAAAGGAUGUUGAAGAUAACAAUAAAUUUGUUAUUAUUCAAGUGAAUAAGAAUAUGAUAUUUAAUAGCGAAACAAACUGUGAAGUUGAAAAACUUUUUGGCAUUAGGCUAGCAACACACAUAGAUGGAAAGACUUUAAUUGUUGAUGAUUUUAUGACUGAAGCGAAACAGUUUUAUACAAAAGUCAAAGUCGGGUAUUAUUUACACAAAAUAAAUGGCAUUGAAGUCACUUCAUAUAAUAUAAAUAAAGUACUCCAGAGAGUCAGUGAAGAUGUUGAUAGCCCAAAACUAACAUUCCUAGUGGUUUCGCAAGAACACAAUAUUGAUAUAGAAAAACUUCUAACAAAAAAAAUUGUACUUGAAUCUGUUACAAAUGUAAUAAAGUCAUCAUUAUGCUCUGUGCUAUAUUUAUGUUGUAAUGAAAUGGAAUAUCAGAGUAAUGAUGAUAAUGGAGUUCUGUAUUGCUAUCCAAGACCUUACGGUCAAAAUUUUUUAUACAACACAAGAGGGGCCUAUGUUACUCUAAAUCACUUAGCCCCAAAAUCAUUAGGUACUAGUCCUCCUCUUGCUUCUACAGUUCUAUACAAUUCUAAAUUGAUUAACAUAGCAUAUGCAGGAAAUUAUAAUGACUUGUUGCUUGUUGCAAUUCCAAAUAAUGUUGUAGAUGUAUUCAGUAUUAAAAAGCUUAUUGUCAGCAUAGUGAAAGUUAUAGAGUUUCUAUAUGGCUCUUUGAAAUCCUGUUUUACAAAGCCGAAUAAUGUUGACAAGUUAGAUUGUCUAUUUUCACGGAUGUUUGUAUCAUUAAUGUACAAAAUUGAUAAGGAAAAAGUUAAUUUGAAUAAAGAGGUAUUUGUUGAAGAUAUUCUUGGAGCCUCUACAGUGUCUUUGCCGACUGAAGUCAAAAUACAGAUUGAUGAUGCCAUAACGGAAUUAGAAGCAGCAGACUAUCAAGAAUGGACUGAUGAUAUUGAAAACUUUCAAAGACUUUACACAGUUAUUGGUGCUUGUUUGUAUUACUCUGGACAUUUACUAAGCUCACAUUUACAAGACAACGAUUUGAAAGAAAUUAAUGCUUAUUUAAGAUUGAAUGGAAUACUGCAAUUAAGUGUUGAUAAAGAGAUUGAGAAACUUGUAAUGUGGCGUGAAGUGUAUAUACACGAGCACAGGAAUCAGAGUAGUUCUGACAAUACUGAUUACAGGAUUCCAAAUGGCCGCUGGUUUAUGCUUAUAGUUGGUAAAGGACAUUUUGUAUUGGCUACACUUAUGGAAGCUGGAGGCUGUACUGAAGAUGCCGUUGGAGUGACCCCACCCUCGCCUUUCUACGUUGAAGAGUGUGAAAGUUGCUUGGAACUCCUUUUCGACAUGGGCCUUGACAAAUACCUGUUUACCAUGUUUAUUUCCAACACGCAACCUCAAGUGCAGACGUCGCCAGAAACGUUAACUAAACAGGGGAAAAAGAAGGACAGUGCUUCAAAAGAAAUAAUUCGUUCAGCAACUUUGAAGCUGUCGAAGUCCCACACCGACAAACGUCGUCACAACUCGUCUGAACACAUCAACACCGCUGAACCCAUCCAUCAUACACACAGUGUCAGCCAUCACAACUUGUACGCGCAGUGGUAUGGCAAGCAAUACCGACAUUCUAGUUUGGAUGUCAGUUAUUCUGAGGAUUCAGGGAGCCUCAAGAGUACUAGUGAAGUAAGUGAAGACCGUGUGGCUGGCAGACGGGCAGACAGAGAACAGAAGAGCAGAAGAAAUUCAUCUGGAUCUGAUUCUGACUGGGACAAACAGGAUGGAAGCCGUUCGAGUAACAUGGAUAACAUGUCGGAUAUCAGGAAGUCAUUGUUGAAUGAACUGGACAAUGUUGCUGUCAAAUGGAUAACAGCUGGACAAGAAAACGUACUGUUCCAUUUUGUGAAUUUCGAAUCUGAACGUGGAAUUUUGCUUGCGCCAGUCAGAAGUAUCGAAGCCCAAGCGAACAACCUUCUGUAUUCGUUCAUAGUGGCAACUUUUAGGUCGGCUUGUAAAAGGAUACAUGAAUUACUGCAACAUGGAAUAAAAUUCAAAAUCAACCAAUCUGCUUCAGAGUGUCUCAAUAAAAUCUUAGUCGCUGUUAAAGAGUAUGGCAUAUUGUUUGAAGCACCUCAGGAGAUAUUAAACCAGUGUGGAGUUAGUAAGAAACAUCCAGAGACAUUCUCUUUUUGGGUUGUUGGCCGGGUAUUUAGUGAGCCUGAACCAAGGGAGCUAUAUGUGUGCUAUCACGAAUCUGUUCCUCAGGAUCUGACAGAAGUUGCAUAUAUGCUAUCAUAUUUAGAAUAAUGUGCUCGGUGCACAAUGGAUUCGCCGGAAAAACUACUAACACCAUCUAAAGUACCAAGCACCUUUUGACAGCUAACGGCUUGGAAAUAUUUUUGACCCGACAUAUCCGGUCACAUCUAUCUAUGGAUUACGUAAUACAUCUGGCAGCAUGGCAAGAGUAUUCAAAAUACACAUCGAACUUGCGUUGUGAUAUACCAUCAUAUCUGUAUUAUAGAAAAUAAAUGAGACAACAGAAAGCCAUGUUACAUAUAAUUUUGAAGGUUCUAAAUACGGGAGUUACAUUGGUCCCGUAUUUAGAAUAUAAGCUUAUAUGAUAUGUGUAAAUAAUUAUAUUUUUAGGCAUUUUAAUUGUGACUGAAAUCACAAUCCGUCCACAUAAUUAUUACGUACUUAAAAAGUAUUAUAUUUUUAUACAAUAA